UUCAUAAACGUUUAGGAUUGUAUGACUCAGCCUACAUCUAAAGUGGCCCUUGAAGUUAAUCUUGAUGACGACAAUGAUUCUAUGGGACAGCAAACAAACAUUGAACCACUUCAAUCGCUGUCUUUAGCUGGGAGUAACGAGAUGGGUGAGAUGGCCUCUUUUGUCUAUAAGGAGCCUAAUAGCUCUCAGAGUCUUUUGGAUACCUUGUCAGAUUUUAAAGAAAAGGAUUUGCUCUGCGAUGUGGUUGUGGUGACAGGAACAACAAAGUUUUCCUGUCAUAAGGUAAUACUAGCAGCCAGGUCUCGGUACUUCAACAGCAUGUUUCUUUCUGGCAUGACUGAGUGCAAUCAAGAAGAAAUCGAAAUAAAAGGAGUAAGCCCAGAGAUAAUGUCGAUACUGAUAGACUACACAUACACGGGCCAGGUCACUAUAGAUGUGUACAACGUCCAGGAACUGGUGUUGGCAGCUGAUCGCUUGUCUUUUAUCAGUAUGAGGGGAGUCACCGGGGGAGUCACCACCGUCACCGGGGGUGUCACCACCGUCACCGGGGGUGUCACCACUGUCAUCUCCAGCCAGGACCAGAGGAAGGAGAAACAGCAGUUUAACUAUCAUCAUUCUGUGGUAGUUAAUGUGAACAAAUGA